CUAAACCAGCCAACCAACUCACAACUAAGAUCUCCUUCUUUUGUCAUCAUGUCUCGACUUCCACCUGCUGAGAAACUACCCCUUGCUGUCCGCAAGAACAUCCGAGACAGCUGGGAGAACACCAAGGAGGACCACGAAAAGAAGCUCUCAGAGACUCUUGGUCAGCCAUGGACUAUCAACAUUGAUCCCAAAGCCCUCUAUCCUUAUGCCGAAGAGGGUUCCUGGGGCAACACCUCCAUGGGUGAUCUCAUUGUCAGCUAUGUUGAGGGCGUUGAAUAUCAAUUGAAGUACUUCAUUGAACAAAAUGGAGAUGGGGCUAAGGAUGAGAUUAACGAAAUCUGCUCCGGCCAUGUCCUGACCAUGGACUUUGAUGAGAAGAACACUGUUUCUUACUGCGGAACCAAGGUUGGUCCUGAGGGUGAACUCAUCAUCCUCUUCACCAAGGGCAACUUGGGUACCAACACCAACUAUGCUGCUGACACCAACAAUCUCACCAAGGCGUUGAACGAGGCUCCUUCUACUGUUCGACCCAUGAGCUUUGUUGCCAGGGCCUCUAUCAGGAGCGACUAUGACCCCAACGUUCAGCAGAUCCAGGAGAAGCUGAACAAGAUCCUCGGUCAAGAGAUCACCAUCGUGCCUAACUUUGAAGCUAACUUUGAAAAGCUCAAGGGCAAGGCUAGUGCUGAUAGCGGUUGGGAGCAAAACUUUGGAAGAUCUCAUUUCUCCUAUCUUGAAGGCUUGGUCUCGCAGCUUGAGUAUGACAAGUUCGGUGAGGAUGAUAUGCUUCAGGAGGGACUCCUCGAGGCCAUGGACAAGCAUGCUGUUCAUGUCCGCGUUGUAGACAAGACCAAGAGGUCCUAUAACGAGACUGUCAUAGAAGACGGUAUUCUCUACCUUCAGACUACCCCUUCAGACUUUGGUGUUAACGUUCAUCAAAUUUCAAAUGAUAUUGUCAAUAUCCUGUAGGCUGGAGGGGCCUCCAUAGCUUACACUAGACAAG